AUGGUAUAUGGGGGAAAGCCGAGCACGGGAUGCCACUUGUGUCGCAAACGGAAAAUCAAGUGCGACGAAGGCCAACCGGGAUGCCGCAACUGCUCGGUGUAUGGGAAGCCCUGUCCGGGAUACCGGUCAGACACAAUCUUCCGGAAUGAGACGCACAAGGUUGAGAAGCUGGUGAGGAAGAAUUCUUCGUCUCCACCUUCUGAAAUUCAGUCUCAGCCUGGAGGACAAGUUAUUACGUGGAGGAUCCCGGAGACGUCCCAGAGUGUAACGGCUGCUCGUACCGGCAGCAUUGAUAUUAGCAGUCAACGGGAACCAUCACUUUCGCUUUAUAAAGUUGCCGAUUCCACGUGGGAAGAGCGAGCGAUUUGCUACUUUUUUGACCAGUACACAACGUAUGAUGGAACAAACAGCGGGUUAACGAUUGGAGUGAGCCAUCUGGGCUUUCUCCCCUCCCUGUACGCGUUCUGUCGCGAACAGGAAGGACAAGAGGGCUCUGCGUCGCUAUGUCUACGACAAGCAGUCGACGCAACUGCUUGCAUGGCACUUGGAAAUGAAUCUAAAGUGCCUUGGUUAACCGUGAAAGCAAGAAGCAACUACGGAAAGGCACUCCGGGGACUGCGACAGGCGCUUGAGUCGCGAACUCAGGCUGUCAAGGAUGAAAGCCUUGCAACACUAGCGCUUUUCUCGUUGUUUGAAGAUAUUGCUGGAGAGCGGAAUGGGCUUUCUAGCUCGCAUCGGGCCGGGUUUGAAUUAUUGAUGAAGUUGAGAGGGGCGAGCCAGUUUGGGUAUCAACGCGGGAGGGAUCUGUUUAAUUUUGCCUACACACAUACGCACUCUGAGAUACUGGCACUGGGAGAAAAACCCCGUUUCAGCACAGAUUGGAUCGUUGAGGGACUGGACACCUCAGACCCCGUACAUCGACUGAUUUCAGCAGCGUCAAAAGUUAGCCAAAUCUUCAUGGAAGCCACCUCAGCACAAGCAACGCCCGAGAAUGUGGAUGCCGUGCAAUUGUUUACCUGGAUCGAUACCGGAGCCGCCCUGGACUCAGAACUCUCUGAAUGGAGCCAGACUCUACCUAACGAUUGGCUCCCGCUUGUCGUCUACGGACCUACCGGCGAGCCACUGAUCACCUACCAAAUAUUAUUCCUUUCCGUCGUCUGGAACUUCUACCGUGCCAUCCGUAUCGUCCUACAACGCCUCAUGCUCGAACUGCGCCGCAUCCGCGCGCACUUCCUCGGGCCCUUCCCGGACGACGACGCAGUCCUCGAAGUCAUUCAAGAUAUGAUCGCAGACGUCUGCCACAGCAUCCCCUUCUCUCUCGGCGACAUCGACACAUUAGGGAAUGCGCCCACUCCGUUGGAUGGGGGUAAACCGAGGAUUCGUGCGUUUCAUGGGUAUAGUCUGUUGUGGCCGUUGUGGUAUGUGCUGGCGUGUGGAUUGGCGACACCGGAGCAGGCGCAGCUGAUUCGGGACGCACUAAUAAGGGUUGGGUCUGUGCUGGGAAUCAAGAUGGCAUUCAAAUUGGCGGAUUAUACCCCAGGUGACCUGGGAUUUCAAUUUGGGUCGUCGCUGGAGUCAUUCUUAUGA